AUGGCGUUCGCGCUCAAGGCUGCCGCCACGGGGACGGCGUCGUUCUCCGCCGCGGGGCCGAGGCGGGGCGCCGCGCCGACGGGGAGGGUCUCGUUCCGCGGCGCCGCGCCCGCGCCCGCGGUCGCCGUCGGCCGCGGCGGCGGCGGCCGCCGCUGCUGUGUCGGAGGACAAGCGCAGCAUCUCCGGCACCUUCGCCGAGCUCAGGGAGCAGGGGAAGUACUAUCUGAAAAUCUUCAGACUGCCUUCGUCCCCUUCAUCACUGCUGGUGACCCUGACUUGGCCACCACAGCAAAAGCACUCAAGAUCCUUGACGCGUGUGGUUCAGACGUGAUUGAAUUGGGUGUGCCUUACUCUGAUCCAUUGGCUGACGGCCCAGUUAUUCAGGCCGCCGCGACACGCGCGCUAGCAAAGGGCACCACAUUUGAGGAUGUCAUCUCCAUGGUAAAGGGGGUGAUACCUGAGCUGUCCUGCCCUGUAGCACUUUUCACAUAUUACAACCCGAUUCUGAAGCGCGGUAUCCCGAAGUUCAUGAGUAUUGUUAAAGAAGCUGGUGUGCAUGGUCUUGUGGUACCAGAUGUUCCUUUGGAAGAGACAGAUGUUUUGAGGAGUGAGGCUGCCAAAAACAACCUAGAGCUGGUAAGCACUGUUGGAGUUACUGGUACACGUACGAAUGUGAGUGGCAAGGUGCAAUCUCUUCUUCAGGAUAUCAAGAAGGUGACAGAAAAACCCGUGGCUGUUGGCUUUGGUGUGUCGACUCCAGAGCACGUGCAGCAGAUUGCAGGAUGGGGCGCAGAUGGUGUGAUCAUCGGUAGCGCAAUGGUGAGGCUGUUGGGGGAAGCUGCUUCUCCAGAAGAAGGAUUAAAGAAACUAGAAGAGUUAGCCAAGAACCUGAAGGCCGCAUUGUCAUGA